GAGAAAGGAGUCGACAUCUCACCUGCUCAAAGCGUCUUUUAUUGUCUUUGUGUGCUGUGAACCUUGUCCGUCCACAGCGUUUCAGUCUGAGCAGGAACACACACACACCCUCGGGACUCCAUGAGCUCCUCCACAGGUUGCCAGGAUGCGAUGGAAUUUACACGUUUUACCUUCAAUCCAAAGGAAGGGAUUGAUAAUCCAGCUCUGGUCAUCACCGAUGAUCCUGAGCCUGAUGAGAGCCCCGUGCCCAGACUUUGCCAGCUGAAGCGUCUGGAGGGGCAGUGCUUUGGCUUCUACCUGCGGAUGGACCAGAGCAACCAGAGCUUUGAGAUCAGAGAUGUGAAGUCCUGGAGUCCUGCAGAGCUCAGUGGCCUCAGAGAAGGAGACCGAGUGCUGGAGGUCAACGAGGAAUAUGUGGGACACAUGGACUUCUACAGGAUUGUGAGGAAGAUCGAGUCGUGCGGCUUACACUUGUUUCUCCUGGUGUUGAGACGGAACGAGUAUCAACAGGCAGUGUCUACUGGUGUGGAUCUACAGACGCUGGCCAAGUCCUCCAAAGGGGACCGCUGGUCAAGACCCAGAUUGUGUCACAUCAGCAGACACCCGGAGCAUGGCCUGGGGAUGGCCAUCAUCUCAGUGGAAGGUCAGAAGGGCCAGUAUAUCGUGAGCACAGUGACUGAUGGUCCAGCAGAGAAAGCUGGUGUCUGCACUGGAGACAGACUGAUCUGGAUCAACGGAGUCAUGGCGUCAACGCUCACAUACUCCACUCUCAACAGAACUGUGAAGAAGAGUGGAGACCCAGUGACGGUGAUGGUAACUGACCGUGAGAGUGAGUUUUGCCGUGUCAGGAGGAAGAUGCCCAUCCUGCCUGUGGUGGCAGAAUGCUGCAGCCUCCCCCACACUGCCAAAACCAUGCAUCUGCUUAAAGGUGACGAUGGAUUCGGCUUCCUGCUGAGACAAGAGAAGCUGGCAGGCUCUCGAAGGAUAGUUCAUGUGCUGAGGGAGGUGGAUGCGGGAAGUCCAGCUGAGGGGGCAGGAAUGGAGGAUGGAGACCUGCUGCUAGCUGUCAAUGGGAAACCUGUUGAGUCUAUGGAGCAUGAGGACAUUGUCAAAAAGGUUAGACGGAGUGGCGACAAAGUCAGUCUCACCUCUAUAUCUAUACCAGGAAGAGACUUUUACAGAGAGUUAGGCAUUCCUCCCCUGUUGUUCCACGACAAGUGUACGCUCCAGGAUGACGGGCAGCAGACUGCCUCCCACUGCACCAAGAACCAGAGCGAAACCACUCUGAGAGACAGAGAUGGAUGUCUGACACAUCCCACAAUGUAUGUGCAGGAUGGAGAGGAGACAGGCUCUGGUGUCCACUCAGACUGUGUCCCCGAUCAGUCAGGAACUUUAACCACACAGCUGUCAGAGACAACAAUUGAUGCUUUCUUGUGAUGGAAAUGAACAGAACACGAAUGACAUCAGCAGACGGAGGAAGACGAGGAGCUCAGUUCAUAGAAGCAGAUGAUUUUACAGCAGUCUGAGGUUAGACGCUCUGAGAUGAAGUUAUGUUAUUAUCAUAGAUUUGAUUUAAUCAGUCACUAAAUUCACCUCUUCUGGCACCAGGCGUUAGGACCAUGUUUGGAACUGGAUGUUCCUCCAAAUCUAUAAUAAGAUCACUUGACCUGUGUAUUUAACCUUGUGAUCUCCAACUGUACAUUUUGAUUCAUAUUUUUUGUUAAUUAUAAACAAUGGUCAUUAUUUUGUAUGAUGUAAGCUGUGAAAUAUCUUUAAAAUAUUAAGCACCAUAUAUAGAAGCUGAACAUUUUUAAAUACCGUACUUGUUUGUUAUGGUCUCUAUAUGAUGCACUGUAGCUUGUACACUGUGUAUGGAUGUAUUCAUUCAUAUCAAAUGUUUUUGUGGCAAAUGUUGACCUUUUUAUCUCAUAAAUAUGUCUUUUAUAACUCUAGUGUAAUGCCCAUUGAAAAAAUCAAAAACUGUAUAAAUGUAUAAAUUGUAAAAAUAUUGUCGGUUCAUUAUGAAACUGUGGCGGGCAUAAUUAACGGUUAACACUGGAGCCUGAUCCGUGUCCCUCCAGCUGAUCGAUGAGAGAUGACGUUACCUCCAGAGGGUCGGACUCAUACACACAUUCAGAUGUCCCAAAUCAUAAAUAUAAAUAUGAAGUAAUGGAACUUCCUACUGUAUAUGAUAAAGUAUGAUGAUAGUGAAAAUGAAAAUGAAGACAAAGAUGAUAGAAGUUGAGUUGAUUAACUAGAUUCACAUGAUUUGAGUCAAGUGAUUGACGUGUUUUGUUAUUUCAGAGUUCUUUUUGCCAUAGGUUUAUUUUAUAAAUAAACUGUCCACUAUCACGGACUAAUUUUUAACUUCAGAAUUAUAGCAGGCUACCUCAGAGUGUCACUCAAAAGGAUAUCA